UGGAACCUGAAGUUGACAUAAAUAUUCAAAAUUACGUCCGGGCGGUACACCGUGCUAACGAAGCAGCGCAAACAUAUUCACCAAUGAAAAUGUUCAAGUACGUGGAAAAUAAUGCGCGUCUGAAAUCAGUUCAAGAUCCAGAUGAAAGACAAAGGCUCAUUGACAUGGAAAAAUAUCCACACUAUGAGGCUUUUAUGUAUGGUGCUGAAAUGAUUAGACCAGGUGAUCUCGUACGAUUAGUACCUGAAAAUUCUAUGGACCUUGACGCCGAGCCUGAAUACCCAGAAUUUCUCGAAAUCAGAACAAUUUAUCGACAUCCAGAGAAAGGAAUGCAAUUCACAGGCAACAUUCUACAGCGUGGAGAACUUUUAAAUAAAACUGGUCCAGUAAAAUUAGAAGAUUAUAAAUGGUGGAUAUCUCAUGACAUUGCUGAAGAAUAUACUAUAGAUCUUGAAGAUAUUGCAGGUCGCUUUUAUUUAAUGAUGCCGCACUUAACAGCCCGCACCACAGCUCGUGUUUUCAAAAAGUUAAAUGAUAGAAUGGAAAUCAUUGAAUCUGGAUCAGAAUUAGAAAAAUCACAAGAAAUUUCUCCGGGUAUUGCACCUACUAAAAGAAACAUGGCUAAAUUGAGUACACGUAUUGAGUCAACCUCUCCACCAAAAAGGCAAAAGAAAUCGAUUGAAAAAAGUCAAAAAAAGACUCCUGUUAAGAAAACAAAGAAAACCAAGGAAUUAACAAGUUCCUAA